UUAUUUUUGUUGCCGUUUUCCUUCUCUAAAUGGUAGCAUGUAGGGUUUCUCUGGUCUAUAACCAUUCAUCAUCGCGAAGGAAGCUCUCAAACUUCUUAAGAACGACGCUCCUCAUAGGUGUUCCGUGGCUGUGAUAGCAAUGGCAACUAAAGGAAGUACGUUUGUGGACUGGAGGCAGCAAAUUGUGAAAUCUUUGCAGGACAGAAACAACAUGCAAUGCAAGCAGUUCGAAGACAUCAUUGUGUUCAAAGUUCCCUUCAACACUGUGGAGGCUACAGGCCCCUCGUCUAAUAGCAAAGGCACGCAGCUUUUCGAGCGUGUGGACUCUCUUCGUUCAAACAAUGUGCAGCUGACUGUGCAGAAGGAACGCCUGCAGCAGGAAAACUUGCAGCUCCAGAUGAAUGCAGAGUCCAGCCUUGGGAAGCCACGGGCAGCGCUGGAAACCAAGAUCUACCAGCUGCAGGAGGAGAUGACAGAGUUACUACGCCACAAGUCUGAGCACUCACAGCAGCUGAUCGAUGCCAAGAACAGCUUGGAAGAAAAAGAGCGCCAACUGCACCUCAAGGACACAAGGAUCCAGGAAUGCGAAGCCGAGUUGGACCUGUUAAAGGAAAAGCUUAGUGCCACUGCAAAGGAGCUGCAGGACAUGAAGGAUGCCAAUCAGCUCUUGAAGGAUGAGCACGAAGCCCUGCAGCUGGUGUACAACAGCCUGGAGCGCAACUUUAGCACUCUAGAGCGAGAUCACCAGGACCUCGUCAAGCGCUGGAUGGCGCUCAAGUCGCGAGACGCCGACAAGCUCAAUGCUGAGAAUGAGCGCAUGCUGCGAGCACCAAUGGAGUGGUGCACAAUGAAGGCUCCCCUGUGCAGGCUGAAGCAAGCUCAAGUCAAGAGGGACCUGGAGGACGCAGCAAGGGAGCCUGUGGUGGUGCCCAAUGACAGCACCCGGGCGGUGCCACCUGUGUGCCUGCAGUCAUUUGUGCCGAAUCGGCUGCUGCUGAAAUAUGAGGCGCAUGAUGGGGAGGUGAAUGCAGUGCAGUUCUCAUCUUCUGGCCGUCUCCUCUGCACGGGUGGUGGUGACCGCAAGGUGAAGAUCUGGGAGUUCACCCGGGACCAGGCUCUGCUGAGGGGCACCCUGGGUGGGAGCAAUGCAACCGUCAUGUCGCUCGACAUGGACACUGGGGAAAACCUGAUCCUGGCAGCCUCAAAUGACUUCUCUAGCAGGGUGUGGACGCUUAGCGACCAGCGGCUGAGGCACACGCUGACUGGCCACAGUCGUAAAGUCCUGGCGGCCAAGUUUCUGGGCGACACGGGGCGAGUUGCCUCAGGAAGCCACGAUCGUACCCUCAAGAUCUGGGAUCUUCGCAGUCGAGCCUAUGGCGCACGGGUAAUACCAACGAGACGCAAGCCAAGGAAGCCAAGUGCAAGCGUCUUAAACGUGCCUGCUGCUCUGCUCCGUGCGUACCCCACUAACGAUCCACCACGUAUCCGCACCAUAUUUGCUGGCUCUUCCUGCAAUGACCUGGUGGCCAGUGACAGCGGGGGUACAACAAUCAUUAGUGGCCACUUCGACAAGCGGCUGCGUUUCUGGGACUCGCGAGCAGAGAGCAGUGCCAACGAGAUUGUGCUCGGUGGCCUGAUCAGCUCGCUGGACUUGUCGGCCGACAGAUGUCAGCUGCUAUGCUGCGUGCGUGAUGACACCAUCAAGCUGCUGGAUGUGCGCAUGAACCAGGUCCUCAUCAGCUUCCAGGAUGACAACUUUAAAGUGGCCUGUGAUUGGACAAGGGCCAAGUUCAGUCCUGAUGCAAGCUAUGUGGCGGUCGGCUCCCACGAUGGCACUCUCUUCAUUUGGAACACACAGACCGCCAAGCUUGAGAAGAAACUUAAAGAGAUGAGUUCACCCAUCAUUGCCUGCUCCUGGAAUCUCAGGGGCGACUACAUUGCUAGCUCAGAUCGGGACAAGAGGGUCUGCAUCUGGUCUCAAGUUUGAGCCCCAGCACUUUCACAGAUUUGCCUCAUUAAACUGAAACAACUUUUUAAUAAUAAAAUGUUAUUGCCAAUACCUUCCA